AUGGAGUCGCUGGACUGUGUAGUUGUCGGCGCUGGCUGGUACGGACUGGCGGCUGCAAAGCAGUACCGCUGCGUUCGGCCAGAUGACAGCAUGGUUGUUCUCGACUCGCAGUCUUCCCUGGGCGGGACUUGGGCAGAUGAGCGCUUGUAUCCUGGCUUGAAGAGCAACAACCUUCUGGGAACCUACGAGUAUCCGGACUUUCCCAUGGACUGUGACCGUUUUCAGAUCAAGAAUGGAGAGCAUAUUCCCGGAGAGGUCGUUAAUGCUUAUCUGAAAGCGUACGCAGUCAAGUUUGGAAUCCAUGAGUGCAUACGCCUCCGCACACGAGUCACAGUCGCCGAGCACCAGCUUACCGCUGGAGGGGGGUGGAUUCUGACCACCGUCGAUAUCAGGGGAGAGGAGCGCAAGGUGUUCGCUCGUCGACUCAUCAUUGCGACCGGUUUGACUUCGGAGCCAUUUAUACCACACAUGAACGGGCAAGAAACGUUUGGUGGCAGAAUCUUUCAUGGCAAGGAUUUUCUCCAGAACAGAGAUACACUGGAGACGGCAAAGGCCAUCACGAUUGUGGGCGCGUCCAAAUUCUCUUGGGAUGCCGUCUAUUCAUACGCCAAGGCUGGGGUCCAGGUGAACUGGGUUAUUCGCUCGUCUGGACAUGGCCCGUGUUGGAUGUCACCUCCAUACGUCACGCCCUUUAAGAAAUGGAUUGAGAAACUUGCAAACAUACGCUUUCUGACGUGGUUCAGCCCAUGCAUCUGGGGUGACUUGGACGGCUACGCUGGUGCUCGCCGCCUUCUUCACCGCACUGCCAUCGGGAGAUUCAUCGUCGACUCAUUCUGGAAGGUGUUGGGAAACGAUGUGUUGAGUCUCAACGCCUACGACUCGCAUCCGGAGACGGCCAAGCUGAAGCCCUGGAUUGAAGCUAUGUUCACUGGAACCAGCUUUAGUAUUCUCAAUUACGAUGAGGACUUCUUCGACUUCGUGAAAUCCGAUCAGGUCAACGUCCAUAUCGGUGAAGUCGAUCGUCUUAGCCCAGGCAAAGUGCAUCUCGCUGACGGCGCCGCGCUUGAAUCGGAUGCAGUUCUUGCCCACACGGGCUGGAAGCAAGAGGAAAAUGCUCCGAGCAAGGACCUUGGAAACCAGACGGCCCUCCUCCAGCGAGCAGACGAGGAGAUUAUGAUGCUGUUUCCCCGACUACAAAACCAACCUGAGUGGACCAAGAACUACACACCACUUGUCUCUGACGAGAAGAGUGCAAGUGUCGAGAAGGCAGCCGCACCUUGCAAUGCCCUGACAUCCUACAUGCUACAUCACUUCAUCGUGCCGCCAUCAGAGCGUUUCUUACGUGCCCGCGACAUAGUUUUCGCCGGGAUGGUGGGAAACUUUAGCAACACUCUCACAGCGCAUCUGCAGGGCCUUUGGAUCGUUGCUUAUUUCUCCGGGGUUCUCGAGAACGACCCUGCAUCCGCUUUGGGCGACGAAGCAUCCAUGGAAAAGUUGCAGUACGAGACAGUACUGCACAAUCGAUUUGGAAAGUGGCGCUAUCCGGCUGACUGGGGGAACAAGGCCCCGUCUUUUAUCUUUGAUGCCGUCCCGUACCUGGAUUUGCUGCAACGUGACCUCGGCCUGGAUCCUCACCGCAAGCAGGGCUUCCUCUCUGAGAUUUGGGAGCCUUAUGGCCCCGAAGACUAUCGACACAUCAACAGCGACUGGGAAAAGAAGUACUGGGCGAAAAUGCAUAAUCCUUGA